AUGCGUUUGUCUACGGGUUUUUUGUUGCCGAUGGCAGCUUCAGCUGCUGUAGUCGUGGGUGCAGCAACUACUACAGCCACCUCUAUGCCGUCUGUUACUUUGGACUAUUCGACCAUUGUUGCCACCGCUGGCAGUGAAUCGAUCGGAUAUUACAAGUAUCAAAAUAUUCGCUACGCUGCUGUGCCGAUUGGAGAUCUUCGUUUCGCAAAACCACAAUGGCCUCCUGUCGAGACAAUUGUGAACAAUGGUACUUUGGCUCCAGAAAAUGUCGACUGCGCAACCUAUGAGGAUUGUCUUUACCUCGAUGUCUGGGCACCUGCUAAUAGUGCGAAUAAAAGUCUCCCUGUUGUGGUAUGGUCUCAUGGUGGUAGAUUUAUCUUUGGAAGUAAGACUGCAGUAACUCCUGAAGCUCUCUUCGCUUUGAGCAAGGACUUCAUUUUUGUUGCUUAUAACUAUAGACUGGGAAUGACAGGUCUUGCUACUGGUCCAACUCUUAAUCACCAAGGUGGAACCUCAAAUGCAUUAGUUUGGGAUUCUGCUCAUGCCUUUGAUUGGGUCAAAAGGUAUAUCAGCCAUUGGGGUGGUAAUCCAGAAGAAAUAGUGGCCGUUGGAUUUUCUGCCGGUGCUUCACAAGAUCUUUUCCAGAUUACGGUACCAAACUAAUUCCAUCCAAGCCGGUAUGUGAAUCAUUCACUGACAAUUUGUUUUUAGAAAUUCGCAGGUCGUGCUGAGCAGACUUUCGCUCGUGCAUACCUUAUGUCCCCUGGAUAUAUACCUGGAGCGGGAAAUCAGCACUCCGAGGCAUUCUGGCAGAAUGUAUCAACGGCUGUUGGAUGUACAGGUGGCAGCUUGACAUGCAUGCGCUCUGUGAAUUUUGCCAACCUUUCUACCGCGGCUAAUAACAUGGUCUCUAAAUAUACAUACCAAUUUCAACCUCGCGUCGAUGGUGACUUCAUUGCCGGCACAUGUAUGUCAUUAUUUCCACAUCGUCUCAGUCAUCACUAACCCAAACCAACAGAUGAAUCUCAGCUUUAUCAAAAUCGCUUCAAUUUCACGGGUCCACUUGUCAUAACACAUGAACUUCACGAAAGCAACCAAAAAUUACCUGCUGGCGUGAACAGCAGCUCGGAUAUUGGUCCUCAGCUCCAACUUUAUUUUCCUUCAAUUACAGAUGAUAUCAUCAAUGAGAUUGAGGACCUAUAUCCUUCAACGGACUAUCAGAGCGAAGGACUUCGGUUUGCAGAUAUAGAACAAGACCUUGACUUAGUUGCCCACGACUACGCCUUGACUGAAGCUCUUAAAAACCAGACCUGGAAUGCCAUGGUAGCCCUUGGUGUAGCCUCUCACGGCAUGGAUCAAAAUUAUUACUGGUACAGCAACUUUACCCUCGUUAAAACCAAUGCCACAAGUACCACCAAUACAACUACUGCUGCGGGUGCAGGUAUUGUCACGACUACAGAUAUUGAUUUCAGUGUUGCGCUUAAGAUGCAGAAAUACUUGGUUUCAUUCAUCUUGACCGGAAAUCCAAAUACCAUGUGGCCAGAGGAUAAAUUAUAUUGGCCAAUGCAUGGAGGAAACUCGUCUUCGGUCGGUAGGGAGUUGGUCUUUAAUGAUACGAUGUAUAUUCAGGAUGAUAUCUUGGCCAAUGAUAGAAGCUUGUUUUGGAAUAAGGCGCUUUGGUAUUAA